AUGGUUUACGUCUCCGACUGGGAAAAGUCUUCCUACUACAACUAUCCCCAUUUUCCGCCUUAUCGCGUUAGAAGGGAUAUCCAGCCCGUAAGGCUUCCUUCGGUGGCCGAAAUCUUGAUGAAGAUCAAGGAAUAUGAGUCUCAUCCACAAGGCCAACAUAUGCAUUGGAGUCCAGCAUCAACACUGCUGUUUGUUUCGGAUAUUUCAAACUCGACAGCAGCAACCACUCCACCUAGGGAAAUUGGAAAAUUAAACAACCUCAACACCAUGGCGCAACCUAUAGCCAGAACCAGUUCCUUUGAGUCUAUCAAGGACACCCUUCUUCCAUCACCAGUUCCAACCCACCUCAACAAUUUUGGAUCACCAACGAGAGCUUCAAGUGGAUUAAAUAACGAGAUUUCCCCAAGUGAAAAUUCUAUUGAGUCUUCCCAAAGUGGCAGUCUAACUGGCUCACUGGGUUCCUCAAGUCCAGGAUCAACAGACCUGAUUACAAAGCUAGGCCAUUCGCCAAAGUACAACUCAAAGCAUCAUCUGCCAAAGAAACGCAGACUGUCCAAGAAAAAGUCCAAAUCCAACGGCAGAAGUAAAAAGCCCAAAACGCACUGUCACCAGUGUGGAUUGACGUCCACGCCAGAAUGGAGAAGAGGCCCUACAGGCUCUAGAUCCUUGUGCAAUGCGUGUGGUAUCUACUACAUGAAGCUCCUUCGUCGGUUCACUGAGGACCAGGCAAACUCUAUAUUUGUGUUCAAGAAAAACACCAACACUAUUUCGGAGAGAAUCAUUCCGUCUUUCGACCAGAUGGCCCAGAUGAGCGGAGAAGUUCAGCAGCACAAUUGGCUGAUGCUCACCGGGGCUGCCAUGAUGAUAGAUAGCUGUUAA